CAAGAGCAUAGGCCGGGGUCAACAUCAAUUUCUUACCCAGGAACUGACAAUAUAACUAUUGCCCACAUUCCCAUUUGAUGAUUGAUGUGUUAGAUGAGGAGAAACAUAUCCUAUUGGUAAUGUCUGGGCUGGGGUAUUGUCCAAUUAUCUGCCCAGGGGACAGUCAAAAAUCAACCAGGGUUAUGACCCAGACCGCCCACAUCAUGGACACAGCAAGCUCCCAAUACACCACAGCAAGCUCCCCGUACAAAGUACAUCAAUGUUCUAAGUGUCCGGGGGACACAGCGUACCAUUGUGUAUCGUGUCCAUGUGAUCUGUGUCCCCAGUGUAAAGAGAACCAUGUAAAAGAUCUCCAAACAAUAGACCAUGAUGUUGUGUCACACCGUGAUAAAAUCAACUACAUCCCAACACAAGAGAUCUGUGUGAGACAUCCUCGCCAUGUUUAUACAAAGUACUGUGAGCCUUGUCAAGUUCCUGCCUGUAAUAAUUGCCAAACACAUAGAAAACACAAGAAGAUAAAUGUUAAAACAGCCUAUAAAACAAAGCGACAACAACACAGAGGAACCAUUCACACCAUCAGAAGUGAGGCUCUCUUUUACAGACCUGUUCUCCUGACAGGAAUCAAAGCUGAUGUCAAAACCUGUCACACAGAAUUCUCCCCCCUUCAAUCAGAGAUGUUAACAAAGGCCCAGAGACUGAAGGAUCUCAUUGACUAUGUGGUAUAUGAUCUAUUGAACAAUGUGUUAUGUUACUUUGAUUUCAAACACAGAUGUAAAAAACAAAAGAUAAAAAUGAUCAGACAUAUUGUCAGACUAAGGAGAUAUGAACACAGAUAUGUACAGCCAGCAUUCACAUUCAGUGCACUACAAUUCCUCUCCUUCACAAAGACAGCCCUCCCCCAGAUACAUCUUACACUCCACACCAGCCAGCUCUCCAUGACUGAGUCACUCAACAAGGAGGAUGUGAUGGAGUCACUGAGUGCAAUCCAAAUCACAGAGAGAGGAAACCGACGCGUAGGAAACCAGUGUCUGCUGAAACUGACGUCUGGUGCUGAGCUCCAUCAAUCUCUCACACUGACAGGUGUUGGUCGUUGUGAACACAUUUCCUGUGUGACAUCAGACCGGGUCUGGGUCAGUGAUUAUAACAAUCUCAUGUUGACAGACACAACAGGUGUCCCUCUACAUCGUGUGGAGGAUUCACGUAGUAAUUUAUUUGGAUUACACACAGUGAACAGUGAGAGUGAACUGAUUUAUAUAGAUAGGAAUUAUAACAUCAACAAACUGUCAAAGGAUAUGAAAACAACCACCACAUUUAUAGAGAGAACAGACUCUACAUGGGAACCAUACUGUGUGUACUGGUCCCCGUCCACUGGGGAUCUACUGGUCGCGAUGUAUAACAUUGAUACAAAGACAGGCAAGGUAACCCGGUACAACCAGAGUGGACAACUCACACAGACCAUACAGAACAACAAAACAGGACGGGGACUGUAUAGAUUACCUAUCUAUAUAACAGAGAACAACAAUGGGGAUGUCGUGGUGUCUGACUGGUGGUCUGGUGUAGUGGUGACAGAGCGUGGAGGAAGACAUCGUUUCUCCUACACAGGACCUCCAUCAGGAUCAGGACUAAUGCCAUAUGGAAUCUGUACUGACGCGCUGUCACACAUCCUGGUGUGUGAUGGUAGAACCAUCACAGUACAGAUGAUAAAUAAGGACGGUCAGUUCCUGUCACAUCUACUGACAAAAUCACAAGAGAUGGGUAAACCAUGUAGCCUGAGUUAUGAUGUCAACACUCACCGUCUCUGGGUCGGAUCACUGGACAACAACAAGGUGUGUGUCUACAGGUAUAUCACCAGACAGGACGCUCUGACAGAUGAACACAGACCCCGUCCUGAUGGAGACACCCGAUACACGACACAUCCUCACAACACAACUCAUCAACUAAACGAAAAUGAACACAGAGCCCGUCCUGAUGAGGACGCUAUGUCCAGCUCAACACCAGCCGUAUAAUGGAGAUAGCUGGGAUAUUGACAGACAAGCUGCUUUUUAAACGCCUUCAGGGGGAAACAGUAGAAAACCUUCCCGGAUUACCCAUAAUUCCAAUGGAGUUACAGAAGCCAAAUAAUUACUGGUCAUCAACGGACUUUGUGUUCUGUGCGUGAACUCUACAUAAACGUUUCAUGAAUGGACUCUGUAUCUGUGUAGGUGAACAAAAAUAACGCGUCAUCAAUGGACACUGUUGCUGUGUAUGUGAACUCUGCACAAAAAUAACGCGUCAUCAAUGGUCUCUGCGUUCUGUGUACAUGAAAUCUGCACAAAAAUAAUGUAUCUGUGUGCGUGAACUCUACAUAUAUAACGCGCCAUCGAUGGACUCUGUAUCCGUGUGCGUGAACUCUACAUAUAUAACGCAUCCUCAAUAGACUCUGUGUUCUGUGUACCUAAUCUCUUUAUGAAUAAGGCAUCAUCAAUGGACUCUGUCUUUUGUGUACGUGAACUCUACUGUAAUUUGUUAUCAUACGUUUUUUGUCAAUUUUAUCUAAGUGUAAAUUUUGUCAGUAUAUAUUAAUAUGUUUUACAUAUCUAAGCUCCUGAAAUUUCUGGUAUCAUUCGGUGCUAGGACGGAGAUGUCCAUUACAAUUGUAGCCAAUGUGUCACAUAUUGUUUUUUUUGUAAUUUUGAUUUUUACACAAGAAAUCUUGUAUGUUUUAAUAAACAUUAUAUUCAAAGGGGAAUAACUCAAAAUGUGUAUUUUUCAGUCAGGAUGAAAAAACAGUUAUUCCCCUUAGAUAAUUUUCAUAAGAUGAAGUUUUACUUAAAAAUGAGAAAUGAAUUUGAUGGUGUUUAUCCGUGACAGUUUUAUUGGUAGGAUUGAUCAUUUGGAAAGAAGUGAUCUGAUAAGCUUUUGAUAAGAAUUUGAUAAGUUUUCGAUGGUUUUUUUUUAUACAAUGUUAUGUAGUUUUAAUUUAAAUAUAUUAAUAGUUGAUGUUGGUUUUUAAUUCAUUAAGUUUGAGCUGUGUGUGUGUAACAAUUGGUGCAUCAUAUAUUGCUUGUUAUGCUCAGAAGGUCACAAUGACCCAAUUAGAAUCAUGGUAGUUUAUAGUGAAACUAUUUUAGAACUUAUCUAUUUAUUUGAAAAAAUAAACUAACUUGUGUUUUAGAAAUGAUGUACCAAUAAUUAUACCAGAAGUCAUAAACUCAUGUAUAUAUCAAUUUGAAAGUAGGUCAUGAUGACCUCAAUUUGUAUUUAGCAUGUUGUUAAUCCUAUGUGUUUGUUAAUGGUGUUUAAGCACAUUUCUCACACUCUGUAUCUCUGUUGAACAGAUAGAUAGGACAACUCAAGUUAAUGUCAUUUAUUUGGAGAAAUAUUGUACGCAAGUUUAAGCGAGAUGAUUUUUUGGUGUUUACCCACACAAUAAACCUGAUGAAAUACAUUUAUAACGUAUAUAUAUAGUAUUAUGUUUAUUUUUAUUGUGUUUACUCUUACCAUGAAAAACAUAAUACUUGUAUACAAAUGAUGUUUGGGGAAAUGUAGCGAGCUGUAGAUAAAAGUCAAUAAACUUGAAGUAACAUGUC